AUGUUAUGAAUUGUUUGUUUUUGGUUAAAAGUACAACAGUUAUUUUAAAAGCGAAAACGUUUUCAAAUAAAGUUGAGUUGGCAAUGAAAUUUUGUAUAUGAAGAAAGUUUAGUGACAACAAGAUAAAUUAAGUUUAAAAAAAAAAAACUUUGUAAUGUUGAGCAAACAAUAUGAAACUCUAUUUUGAUGUUAUUAUUAUCGUAUUGGUUGUCGUUAUUUUCUUACUGUUUUUCGUCUUAUUUAAAAUCUACAAGCUUCAUGAAAAAUCUACCGACGAAAUUGAUUUGGCUGAACAACAAGAACUAUUAUCUAAUAUUUCAGGCUCUAAAGACAGCUCCUUACUAUCAUCUGAUCCUGGAUUUUCUAGUAUAGUUCAUAGUUUUGAGACUUUAAAUGAUAUUCAAGGAAAGCAAGAGAUAGAGAUAGACAUGGUUCAACCAAAUGUUCAGGAUCUCCCAAUCUCUGAAAAUGGUUAUUUGCAUGUCCAAAAUGAAUAUCCGUCUCCACAACAGACGUUGCUAAAGAAAAAACACGAGAUUAAAAUUUUGCUUCAGUACGACAAGCAAAGAUCCAUUCUAAAACUAAUUAUAAAACAUUUGGAUAGUAAAACAAAAGGCAAAAUUAACUCAUCCGAAACAUACGUAGACGUACAAGUUUCGCCUUAUCGUUUUCGAACUUAUAGAAAUCCAGGAUAUCGUCGGCCAGUGCGAGCAGUUAUAAAAAAGAGUAUAGAAUUUAGACUUGACCGAUUGGAACUUAAGACGACAUAUUUAUUAAUAUUUUUGCUGCGUUAUGACCCGUUCUCUCGACUAAAAGUUGACGGCGAGGUAACUUUUAAAAUGUCUGAAAUAUUAUCUGAAGGAUUUAUUGAGGGAUGUCAAGUGGAGCUUGGUAAAGAGUUUGUUCAAAGUAAGCAGGAAUUUACAGCUUUUAUAUUUAGGCCCAAAUAAACGAGAAUUUUUAA